GGGCUGGUGCGUCAAGGUGCAGAAGGAACAAUCUGUCCGUGCAGGGGAUGGCAACCUCCGGGUUGCUCCCGUCGUCAAACCGGAGCUCCAGAUGUGCGAGGAAGAACGCCGCCCUCUGUAGACAUCCAAUUGCCAAUACGAUUGUAGAGUUGCAUGCAGGGUCCAAUCUGCAGAAGCAAUUGUUUCCAGCAGCACCUUGCGUGCUGAAUGAACCGUGCGAUGUGUCAGCUCAAAUGAGAUCGAAGAGCGGUGAUUGGAGGAGGGCCAUGGCAGCGUUUGAGAGGUUCAUUCUGCAGAUGACACAUCGGAAUGGCCACCAGGGAUCGACUACUGCGAACAAGGAGUUCUCACCCGUGCAAACAUCUGUGCAAAGUCGACUGCCGCUGCACCCUCUUCGGUGGCACGGAACACCACCUCCUAGUAAGGAUAAUAACGGUCAUAACACUGCAUUGCCAAAUGAACUGCACCUGCAAGGAGGAGGAAGAGUGGGUUGCAUUUCUUUAGAAUGCUAUAAUACCGGUCAGGUACAGGAAGACUAUCAUGAGUUGACAUCACCAUCUCCAGUUGGAAUCCACUUGCCAGUCUGGGAGGCGCCGGUGGAAGACAUGCAACAACGGGUUUGCAGAGGAAGUUUUGCAGCAGAACCAACUUAUUCGGAAACCCACCGAAGCUUGCUGGAAUCGUCCCCUCCAAGUGCCAUUCGCAGCACAGAAAGGCAUCGUAGACCGGCUGUCUCAAGCAGUACCACUGGCAGUUGCUGUAGCUUGAAGGUUCACCAUGGGUCCGAAAGCGCUGGUACCACUGGCUGUGCUGGUUCUGAUAGUGCGAGAGGUUCCGACAUUUCCCAUGGCUCAAGCGGUUCCAUCUCAAGCAGCUCAGGAGAAGGGACUCCUGAUUCAGGAUGUCACAUGGAAUCUGGUAAGCAAGCUUUCUUCCAAACAAUUUCAUCUCGGGUGAUGGACCCAGUAGAGACCCGCAAAGGACCAGAUGAUAGGGACCAGGCCGUAUUAUGUACCGAAGGUGCACAGAAUUGGACCGUGCCUGGGAAUACGCACCACCCAUUACGAGAUCGGGAUCUCCCAUCAAGAAACCAUGAUCUUCUCUGCAGUGCAGGAGCUAGAUGGAGGUCUAGCAGCAUUCCAUCAACUGACCACCAAUUGCAAAGCACACCUUCACAGCAGAGCAAGAGGACUCGAAGCAAGCGGAAUAUCCCAUGGGACACCGGGAAAAGUGCCGAGAACUCUUACACAUUCGACAAGCUUGAUGAUCGUGCCUCGAAUUCCGGUGAAAGCCAGCUUAAGCUCACCCCUCAGCUCCUGCCAUGGGACGUGCAAACCCGAUGGGCACCACAGCAAUCACAACUAGUUGCAGAGCAAUGCUCAUUCUCACAGGAAUGGGCAGAGGGUUGGGAUCCCAACCGUAAUCCGAACCUGUGGGGUCCACGGGAUAGGAAGGGAUUUGCAGGAGGUAUGCGGCCAUUCACUGGUCCUCUUCAAAAAUCAUCAGCAAGGUAUCCUCUGUCUAAUCGUAGCUGCCGAAGUCAAGCUGAAGCUCAGCCCUCCAACAGCAGCAAAUCUAAAUUGAUCAGGCUGAAAGAAGACUUUGAGGUGCUGAGGCCACGGACUUCCACUGAGAGAAGCGUGCUCAUGCCCGAACCUGCCUCUGCCUCUGGACGAGUUAUUGACGGACGAGUGUGCGCAGAAAUACGCAUCGCAAUGUCGAUGAGCGGUAGUGCCAUGCUGACUGCAAAGACACGGCGACUUGCAUCUAAGGCUGACACAUGGAAGGCUAAGGGGCGUGAGGAACGUGCUGUUGCACAUUCGAUGCGAUAGCGGCGAUGGAAUCACGCAAGUGACUGUGGUGACUUGGACUUGAGUCACUUGACCGGAAGUUGUAUUGAACUGAUUUAUGGGUGGUGAGCCUGUCAGCACUGAGCUGGUCUGCUUGUUUAGGAUGCUCUUUUCUGCUUCUGGUUAUGAUGAAGAUACCAGGCAGAAAAAAAGCCAAAAAAAAAGAAAAAGGCACUGGGCAGUGUUUCCUGAGGGAGCACAGGCAUCAAGGAGGACACAUCGGUUGCCCCUGAAAACACAAACUCUGAAAAAAAAAUGGCCCUAGCCGGAAUGAGGAGCAUUGCUUGGAAGUUCAAAUCAACCACACGGCAGUGGGAAAAAGAUGCAAAAACGGAGAAGCACCAGACAACUUGGGAAUCAGAUAUUCAUCACUAUGAAUGCGUAGAACGGUACUAAAAUCGUGACUGAGAGAGAGCUUUCUGUGGAAAAGUGGUGACGAAUCCGACAAUUGCAAAGUUGUUCUGUUGUUCACAAUGAAGGGGGAACAGAUUA